AUGGGCCCCUGUACCGCCUCCUCAUGCUGCUGCCAGGUCCAGAGUGUGUCAUGGGCCCCCGUACCGACUCCUCAUGCUGCUGCCAGGCCCGUAAUCUGUCAUGGGCCCCUGUACCGCCUCCUCAUGCUGCUGCCAGGUCCAGAGUGUGUCAUGGGUCCCUGUACGGCCUCCCAUUGCUGCUGCCAGGCCCGUAAUCUGCCAUGGGCCCCCGUACCAACUCCUCAUGCUGCUGCCAGGCCCGUAGUCUGUCAUGGGCCCCUGUACCGCCUCCUCAUGCUGCUGCCAGGUCCAGAGUGUGUCAUGGGUCCCUGUACGGCCUCCCAUUGCUGCUGUCUCCAUCGCCACACUCUGCCAUGUGCCACUUUCAGGUCUCCUCACACUGCUGGUGGGUUCCAUUUUGUCAUAGGGUGCUGUAUGGCCUCCAUUGCUGCUGCCUCCACCGCCACACUGUGGCUCCACACUCUGGUUUUGGCCCCGUGACUGCCCAAAUGAGUGAAGUGUGCGGUGAUUCUAAGAUCGACGGCACUCAUCUGCAUGUCAUACUGACUGACAGUAUUAUUUCUCUUCCCCAGCAGACUCCAAGGGCAUUUAAAUUAAAGGUACAGUGUUCUGCACUAAUAUAA